GGUGUAUGUGCGUAAAGAAAAGACCUCGCGUCACGUGACCGCCUCUUACACCCAAACCCGUCAUUUGAGGAAUAACGUAACAUCUUUCUAUUUUAGCAGCGCCAGAUGCAAUCGUUUUCUUCAGAGUGUUUUCAUGCAGAUUAACAAUAGCAUGCUAUUUAAACGAACGGAGGGAAUUUAGCCACAUUCUCGCACUGAGCUGGAGUUUGGUUUGCAAGGAAGCUGAGAUUGAAGUUUUUUUGCCUGUUUGGAAGUGGAGGAAAAUACUGAACGGUCAUCAUGGCAGAAAACAACUUCCCUCCCCUGCCUCGAUUCAUCCCUCUCAGGCCGUGUUUUUACCAAGACUUCAAUGAGAUCCCAGACCAGCAUCGCACCAUGUGCAAGCGGCUCUACUACCUAUGGAUCUUGAAUAGCGCCACCCUGGCUAUUAAUCUGAUUGGCUGUCUGGCGUGGAUGUGUGGAGGUGGCGGAGCAACCAAUUUCGGGAUGGCCAUCCUGUGGCUCAUCCUCUUCACCCCCUGCUCCUACGUGUGCUGGUUCAGGCCCAUCUACAAGGCCUUCAAAACCGACAGCUCCUUCAACUUUAUGGCUUUCUUCUUCGUCUUCAUGGCCCAGGUGGUGAUCAGUAUCAUCCAGACUGUUGGCAUACCAGGCUGGGGAGUGUGUGGCUGGCUGGCUACCAUCACGUUCUUCAGCACCAACGUAGGCUCAGCUGUGGUCAUGCUGAUUCCCACCAUCAUGUUCACUGCCGUGGCUGUUCUGUCCUUCAUCGCCCUCACAAAGGUGCAUAACCUCUACCGAGGCAGUGGCGGCAGCAUGGGUAAGGCCCAGGAGGAGUGGGCCACUGGGGCCUGGAAGAACCCCCACGUCCAGGAAGCAGCUCAGCAGGCUGCCAUGGGAGCCGCACAGGGGGCCAUGCAGCAGGGGGCCAUGCAGCAGGGGGGCAUGCAGCAGGGGGGCAUGCAGCAGGGGGGCAUGCAGCAGAACCAGUACUCAGCAGCUCCCACCUACAACUACGACGAACCGAUGUAGGGCGGAGGAGGGGGCCAUGCUGCCGAGUGGGAGAGAUAAAAAGGGAUCAAUUAAGAACACAAUUCAGAAUUAGGUGCCCUUCAUUAUAACACUGUACAAGCUGAAUUCAACCAGAACAAGGUAGAGAAAAGUCAUGUUUUUAGUUGAAGUGUACUUUUAUUAAAUUCUGAUAGACGUGGGAUUUAAUUAAAUAAGUCAGUAAAACUAUUCUCUGAGCUUCAUCAGUUUAUUCUGGUAGGUUCAUCUGUUGUCAUCACAGAGUGACCUCUCUUCCUGUCACACUUUUAAAACAUCCUUUAAUUCAUUUUAAUGUGGUUUUUUCAAAUGUACUUAAGUAGCUAUUAAGUUAAGAGUGUUUAAUUUAAUUAGUCUUGAAAGACACCAAAUGCUAAAAACUGGCCAAUGUGAUAACUAUACGUAAAUGUUUGUUGUUGAAUUUGGCCUAAAUCUGGACAAUAGAAUCAGAAUUUCUUAUUAUUAUUAUUAUUUUCCUAACUCAAGAACUUUCAAAUCCCAGAAAAAAAAUAUUUUACAUGUUUUGGUGUCCUGAUUGUGUUUUUCUUUACUCUGUGUCAGCGAAGCUUUCAUUUUAAUUAUCAGGAAAGGUUUAAUAGCUGGGUUUAAAUUCUACCUGUAAAGCCCUAAGAAGGUGUCAGCUUUUAGUACCCAUUAUGGUUAUGUGUGGAGUGGAUUUCAGUAAAAUAAAUGAUUAUUAUACAUGUUAAAGUGAAGCACAUGCAGCAUUUAGGAUUGCGGUUCAUUGGAUAAAACAUUCCAAAUCAACAGUGUACAGGUUAAAAGAGAAAGAAAACCAAAACACGAGCAGGUUGGACUUACACUAAAUAUUAUAUUGAUAAUCAUUGUUGUAGGUGGUCAUAGCAUUGUAUGAAGUGAUGGAUGUUUUCACCCCUUUGGCAAAUUCUCCCACUUAUCCCUCCAUGUAAAUGCUUCAAUAACUACUUGUUUCUAAGCUCUGGAUUUCAGGCCUUAGUGUGUCAUUCCGUGGCUGUCGGUGUUAUUCUAUGAGUAGGUGUAAUAUGACAUUUAUAUAAAAGAAAAAAUGAAGACAAUUAUUUCUUUAUGAGGUGAAACUGAAGGAGAGAAUAUUUAUGUGUUGCUGUUUAGUCCGAAACUCAAGUCAAGACUCAGUAGUGGGUUAUUACAGUAAAACAGUGUUAGAGUUGAAAACAGAUGUGAAGAUUUGUGACUGAAAGCUCGUUAUUUCAAUCCAGUGAGUCGUCUCGUCUGAUUGUGAUGGUGUGGUAUUCAAUAGGCUGUUUGUUGUUUUACUUUUCAGUUGUUGUCUUUUUGUACCAACCUGUUAUUAUUUCAUGUAUUUUGGAUGAUGUGUGGAUGAGUUUGAAGCACAUGUUCGUUGUGUCUUUCCAUGGCUGUGGGUAACAGAGUUUGAGGUUUUUUUGUAUUAUGAUUUUUUAAACGUUAGAUGUUUUGCACCUGUUGACAUCAGUGCAACUUAAAUGCAUAGUGGAUCACAGUCGAGCAAUACUAACAGACAUAUAGUAAGCAGUAGAAUGAAUAAGAUCAAGUGGCAUCCUUUGCAGGCUUCAAAUAUAGACAUUUAGAGUAACAACCAUAACAUAAACUGUUAUGGAUUGAAAAUUGACCUGUUUUCAAGCUGGACACUACAAGUAUAAUUUUACACCUGCAAAACAUUGUCACCAGCAGAUGCACACCGUAGUUAUGAAGUGUAACCCUGUAGACAGUACCAUCCACACGCUCAUCUGUUAGCAACUGCACAACGUUUAGCUGAUCAGUUCUAUAAAUUAAGUGUGACGUCUGCACAAAGGUGAACAAAACAAGUCCUUUUCCUUUGUGUAGUAAGUGGUCAAGGUGAAUUUUGGAUCUGCCAUAUGUACAUACUGCACAGUUAAUGUGAUUAUGGAAACGACAGCUGUAUAGUUAUUGUGCAGCAGGAACUGCAGUGCAUUUGAUAUACUACUGAUACUCUGCAUUUCAUGUAUCAAAGCUUCUUUAAAGCCAUUUCCCAUUAAGUCCACCAUGUUCCCACAUGUACUGUAUGUCGUUUGAUAUGUAUUAUCAUGUACUAUACCAUAGCUAGAUAUAACGAUAUAAUGACUGGGGUAAAUACUUGCCAUGGAUAAACACAUUCAAUAGAAAUAUGCUCUUAUUAGCUGAAUGAAACAUUUGAGGAGGCUGUGUCUCCAUGAGUGACGUAAAUGAGGAAUACAUUUUUGUGUAUUACUUUUUGUAUUAUUUGGUCUUACCCUAAUAGAUAUUAAACAGUUAUUGUUGCAUCCUGUUUUGUUAUUUCAUGCAUGCGAUGUUGUAGAUGAAACAUGGAUCCAAUUGGGUUAUUUGUUGGACAACACAAACAACCUAAAAACCAUUUACCACAAAACCUAAAACUAAUUUUGUAUUUGAUGAAUUAAAGCAGGAUGGAAGGGUGUUGAAAAUAAAGGUUUCUUAUACUCAUC